CACCUACCCAUGCUGGAGGAGACAUCAGAUUGUGGCGUGGGCGACACCAGCUGUCUCUUGCUGGUGCUUUCACCACUACACUGAUCAACCAUCCUACUAGGGAUGCAGUGCACUGCUAUUUGGCGAGACGUGUUGUGGGAGGCACAUUAUGUAGUUCGUAACGCACAUGGAUUCGAUUUCUUGACUAUAGAGAGAUUCUGUGCAUAGGCUACCGGUCCGCUGGGAGGUAAGGGGGACGUUCAGUGGGAAACCCUACGUUUCCAUUCUAAACCUCAGCAUUGAGCCCACGGGCGCAGUGGAGGUACAAUAUCUACCGUUAGAUGGUUUUAAGGUGUUUGAGGACAGUGAGGGAGGAUUUCUGUUGGGAUCACCGUUUUAAUUAAUCUGUUCCAAUGGAGAGACUUGAUGACGAUUAUCCGAUGCAAACCAUAAACAACAAUGAUAAAGGCUCGGGUAAAACCUUCUUGGUACACAACCGCUCUGGCAGUCUUCUCGCUGAGCUGGAAGGCCAAGGCGUCAUGAAGAGAAAUGACCAUUACAUCCCUGUUCCCGGCGAGGAGAAGGCAACUGACUUUGGCAACACUAAAGAUGGCUGUGAUGGAAAACACAACCAGUGUGAUUUCAUUCUCCUGGGCUCCCUCAGUUCAGACGAGGCAGCCCCAGGCCAGAAGCAGGGGCCUACUUUCAAGGACGGCCGGCGGCGGGUGGAUUAUGUUCUUACGUACCACAUCCAGAAACCCCAGAGCGUCCGCCGCAACACGUCUCGCUUCUCAGGUUCCCGCGUCCUCAGGAGCCUGCGCCAGACCCUGAGCUUGAGUAAAAGCCCGGCCAUGCCGCCCCCCAAAAUAGACCCUGAGAUCGCUGCGCAGGAGCAUCGCCUUGACUACCACGAGGAUGACAAGCGCUUCCGCCAGAAUGAGUUUGAGGAUAACCUUCGAGAGAUGGGCCUGGAGCUGGAGAAGGAUGAGGGGAAUAAAAUCCCAGGUAUUGGAUUUGUGAAAAUUCAUGCUCCCUGGAAUGUGCUCUGUCGGGAAGCAGAGUUCAUGAAGUUGAAGAUGCCCACCAGAAAGGUGUAUGAGGUCAAACAGGGGAGUAAUCUGGUGGAGAAGAUCAAUCUUUUCAUCCACAAAGUUACAGAACCACUUCAUCCAAAGGUGGAGUCAAAUAAACCCCAAAAUGUGAAGCCUCUAUCCUACCCUUUCUCCAGGGAAAAGCAGCACCUGUUUGAUCUCUCAGACAGAGAGUCUUUCUUUGACAGCAAGACCCGGGCUUCAAUUGUUUAUGAAGUGUUGAAACGUACAAGAUGCACAAAAGCCAAACACACUAUGGGAAUCACCAGCCUCCUUGGCAAUGGUGUUUAUACAGCUGCCUACCCUCUUCAUGAUGGGGAUGUCGACGACGUGGGACCAGAGGCCAAUGACAGAAAGCUGUUAUAUGAAGAAUGGGCAAGCUACAGUGUCUUCUAUAAGUACCAACCAAUUGGGUUAAUCAGGAAAUACUUUGGGGACAAGAUUGGCCUGUACUUCGCCUGGUUGGGAAUUUACACCCAGAUGCUGAUCCCCGCUGCCAUAGUCGGGGUCAUCGUCUUCCUUUAUGGCUGCGCCACGGUGGACGAUAACAUUCCCAGCAUGGAGAUCUGUGACCCGAGAAACAACAUCACCAUGUGUCCAAUGUGUGACCGGGCCUGUAGCUACUGGAAGCUGAGGGAAGCCUGCGGGACGGCCCGGGCCAGCCACCUCUUCGACAACCCGGCCACUGUCUUCUUCUCCAUCUUCAUGGCCCUCUGGGCUGCCAUGUUCAUGGAGCACUGGAAGAGGAGGCAAAUGAGACUCAAUUACAUCUGGGAUUUGACUGGUUUUGAGGAGGAAGAGUUGGUGCACAAGGACCACCGUAGGGCUGAGUACGAGUUACGGGUCAUGAAGAAGACCCUGAAGAAACAGCACAAGUCUACCCAGGAUAAGAUAGUGAAACUGACAUGCACAGACCGAAUGCCUGCAUACAUGACGGGCCUUUUCGCAAUGAUUUUCAUGGUGAGUGUGACCUUUGCCAUCGUGUUCGGGGUCAUCCUGUACCGAAUCUCCAUCAGGGCCGCCCUGCACAUGAGCUCCAAUCCGUCAAACAUUCGGGCUACGGUAAAGGGCACCGCGGCUGUCAUAAACCUGAUCGUUAUUAUCAUCAUGGACGAGGUCUACGGCGCCUUAGCCCGCUGGCUCACUCUUCUUGAAAUCCCAAAGACAGACAAGAGUUUUGAGGAAAGGCUGAUUUUCAAGACGUUUGUCCUGAAGUUUGUGAACGCCUUCACCCCAAUCGUCUACCUGGCCUUCUUCAGGGGCAGAAUGGUUGGGCGUCCCGGGGACUAUCUUUAUGUUAUUGGGUCCUACAGAAUGGAAGAGUGUGCCCAUGCAGGCUGCCUCAUGGAGCUGUGCAUCCAACUCUGCAUCACCAUGCUGGGCAAGCAGCUCAUCCAGAACAACCUGUUUGAAAUCAUCAUCCCUAAAAUAAAGAAGUUGAUCAGGCGUCGGAAGUCUGACAUGGACUCUCAGCAGCAGGAGGACUAUAACCUGACCCUUCAGCGCUACGAGAAGGACCACUUCCUCGGCCCCUUUGAGGGCCUCAGCCCAGAGUAUAUGGAAAUGAUCAUCCAGUUUGGGAUGGUGACCCUGUUCGUGGCCUCGUUUCCUUUGGCCCCACUGUUUGCUCUGCUCAACAACAUAAUUGAGAUCCGUCUGGACGCUAAGAAGUUUGUCACUGAACUCCGGAGACCCAUUGCAGCUAGAGCGAAAGACAUCGGCAUCUGGUAUAAUCUUCUUAGAGGGCUCAGCAAAGUCGCAGUCAUUGUAAAUGCGUUUGUCAUUUCCUUCACGUCAGACUUCAUCCCUCGACUGGUGUACCAGUACAUGUACAGCUCCGAUGGCUCUAUGCACGGCUUCGUCAACCACACCCUGUCCUACUUCAACGUCACUGAGUUCCAGCCUGGCACUGCCCCUCUGCAGCCUCUGCACCUCGGUUACGAAGUGGAGCUAUGCAGAUACAAGGACUACAGAGAGCCACCAUGGUCCAACACGCCCUAUGACCUCUCCAAAGAAUUCUGGGCUAUACUGGCUUGCCGGCUUGCCUUUGUCAUAGUUUUUCAGAAUGUGGUGAUGCUGAUGAGCGACUUUGUCGACUGGCUAAUCCCAGACAUCCCCAAGGACAUCAGUAUGCAGAUCCACAAGGAGAAGAUCCUCAUGGUGGAGCUGUUCAUGAAAGAGGAGAAGGGCAAAAAGCGUCUCCGGGAGAACCACAGUAACCAAAGUCCUGUUCAGCCCCGCUGUCGCCCUUCCUCACAAGAAACUUCUAACUGCUAACUGCCUGUCGGGAGGGAUGGCUCCAACUGCCUGUCCAUCUGGUCAAAAACCUUCAGGCCCUCUAGUCUGGACUUGGAUACAUAACAAACACAGCGGUCCGCUCGAGCCAAGGGGGAUGCGGUUAUUGGCAGGCCUGUGCAACUGUGUCCGUUCUGACUUGUAGCAAGUCAAUGCCCAUUUUUUUGGUGAAUCGGGUUUUGGGCCAAAAGCUCAGUGGUCUUUUUUUUCUCUUUUGCACAAAAAGUUUAACAAUGCAGGAAGAUGUCAGUCUUUUUUUGAGUAUCUAAAUUUAUUUUGUACUGUUUGCCUUUUGAAGAUACUAGGAUCAGGGAAAGAAGCUUGCCAUUCUGCCUGUUUACCAAGCCAUUGAGCCAAAUGUCUUGUUUUGUCUGUUUAUUUUAUUAGUCAGUUUAUUACAGACAUUAUUAGGGUUAGGGUUAGUAGAGUUAUUAUUUAGUAGAGUUGUGAACAAACAUUCUAGGCUCACAGUAUAUCAAACAUUUAGAUAGGAGAAACGGGAACAGUGACCUACAAUUUUGUAUUAUAGCUACAAUAUUUUUUAGAGAGAUUAUUUUCCAAUGAACUGGAAUUAUGGAUUUUCCAUUAACAUGUUUCCUAACAAAUAAAUGAUUUACAUAAUUUCAACUCUUAGCACAAUAGAAAACAACAGUUUUUAUUAAACUAAGGCCAAAUUCACAAAUGAUGUUAAACAAAACCUUUUCUUCUCUCGCUCGCCAUUUCACUCUGUUGUCUAUGACCACUUUCUCUGUUUUACAUAGUAGGUUUCAUAAUUAUAUAAAUCAAGGGAAGCGCAUGAGAUAAGCAACUAGUUGAUGCCCAGCCUGUGAGAUAUGCCUAUUUAUUUAUAGAUCAGAGACCAUUGUAGAUAUUACAUUUCUAUAUUAUGACAUGGACCCUCAGACCGUUGGAAUGCAUUGUAUUAUUCCCUAUGUGACAAUAUAUUUCAUUUUCAAUAACAUGUACAGUUGAAAGUCUCUAAACAUUCCUUUGACUACGGUACUAAAAAGUAUACAUCUCGGACAAUGUCAGUUCUAGGAGAAGGCUGCCUUUGGAAUAUUAGUAGAUGCAUACUCAUGUGUUUAUGAUAUAAACGAUAGCUAGCAUUUUGCUUAUAGAAAGAGCUCUUGUCCAUUAACAAAGGCCAACAUUUAUUUCUUAGCACACCUACUAUUUUUCUGUCAAAUUACAAAACAUAUUAUUUUCUGAUACAAGGACAUGUUUUUUCUAAUUAUCGUAACUCUUACUAUUGUAUCUUCAUUGUAUGACUUAUGAAUGCCUGCAACAAUACUUUGCUUUUGACCUAGUGGCUUCUUAUUCCCGACUGAUUUUUACAGUCUUUCAGUUAUUUCAGAUAUCUGUCUGGAUAUAGACUAAAGCAGAGAAGUAGAGAGAACCUUGUUGAAAUAUUCACCUUGAUUGUGCAACAUCAUUAUAAACGUCGUAUUUGGACUAGGGGGUGUAACGGUACGCUAAAGUCAAGGUUCGGUACGUAACGGUACGGUCAAGUCACGGCUCGGUACGUACGGGAAAUGUUAAGUCACGGUUCGGUACGAUUUCAGUACAGUGGGAAAAUAUAUGCAAAACAUAACAUUUCUUUUAAUUUAUUAUUAAGUUAUACAUUUUGUCCAUUGCCACUGUAGUUAAGCCUACACUAGGUAGUACUUUUUCAGAAAAAAAAAACUAUUAAGGCAUUUUGCAAAUUCUCAACAGUGAGAAAGCAGUUCCGCACCAAUAAUGUCCGAUAGAGAAUACAUUUCCGAAUAAUAAUAUGAAAAAUAGAAUGACCUUUUCUUAAAUAAGCGCUAACUCAGAGUUCAAUGUUGUAGUUAGCCUUGGUAAUGUUAGCUUAGCGUUCCUGAUUGCAAGCUAUUGAAAGCUAGUAGACGAGGGACGAAUUGGCUGUUUGUCAUCUAUAGCGGACAUUAUAAUUUCUUACAUUAAGCAAACUUCGCUCAUGUGCUAGGUUAAUUCAGCUAAUUUCCGUCUCUGGGGGAAACUGAGUUUAGAAUGUUAGACUAUAUUCAUUCGGAACACAACCCGUACCGAAACGAACGUCCUGCACCGAACGGUACAGUGCGGAUACGUGUACAGUUACACCCCUAAUUUGGAUGUAUUGCAUUCUGGAUUUUUAACAGCAGGGUUUAUUAACACUAGAGAUCAGUGAGCCAGUGAUAUUUUAAUUAAAAUAAACCAAUACGUUAUGACAA